AAAGAUAACAGUUACGCACAUCGCUCGAAGAUGUGUAUCAUUACAUUGAAUUAUGGAGACGAGGAGCAGCAUAAGAAAUUAACGCCGCCGUGGAUGGUGAUGGAGCUGUGAUGCUGUGUCCCGUAUAUUUCCUACCUUCAUACGGCAUGUUCUAUUCCGGUUGCGAGAUCUGCUGCGACCUCAUUGCCGACGAGCACCAUACAUUGCACCAUGCGCGUUCCAGUCUUCCUCAGUUUGCGCCGAUAAAGAGCAUAGAAACCGGACGGCGACGUGUCGCUAAGCUCAACUGCAGUUCAACGACGAUAGCGGACGAUCGGUGCAGGAAUGUCAUGACGAGGCAGCUAGGAGCAGGACGCUGGACUUUAAAAGCCUGGAUGGAGGGUGCAGGACGCGUAAGCACAGGAGUAACGAUGCAUCGUGUGUUCCAGUUGCAUGAAGCACGGUAGUGCCGCGACAU